CUAAGGCCACAACAUGAACCAGAACGACCCUUUUGUUUGUUCUCCCAAAGCUAACACCUUUAUUUUCUUUCGGGUUUGAGAAGGAGGUGUACGGGAAAAAACCUAAGAGAGAGAAAAGUAUAGCACAAACGUGAGGUUCUUGUUGAAACACCCAAGUGGGUCUGUUGCCAUAUCUUAAAUUUCUCAACUUGUACAGAUAAAAAAAAGAAAAAACUCAACUUGUGUUUUUGAUUGUCCUAGAUUGUAGUAGGUUCAGUUACACCCUUAUAAUUUGGUUCACAUAUUCUUUCUCUCUCUCUCUCUUAAGAACUUUACCUUUCUGUCCUUGGUGACCAUGAAGUAGUAAAAAGAGCUAAUCAUCCAAACCCAACAACCCCUUGCCUAAAGCUUCCUCCUUUUCUCCAAUGGCAACUUGGGUUUUAUCAGAAUGUGGCUUAAGGCCUCUUCCUCCAGUGCUUCCACGGCCAACAAGACCUGUUCCGUGCCAAAAGCCUUCAAAGUUAAGGCUUUUGGGCUUAAACAAGGGUCUGUCAGAUCUGAAUCUCCAACCAAGAGGGUUAUCAUAUUGCAACUUUAGGGAGAGAAAGUGGGAAUUGGGAGUUAGUGCUCCACUUAGGGUUGCCACCACUGAAGGAGAGGAAGAGAGGAUCAAUGGGGUUAAUGGGGUUGGAGAGGAAGUACCAGAAUUUGACCCUAGUGCACCACCACCUUUCAAAUUGGCAGAUAUUAGAGCUUCCAUUCCUAAACACUGUUGGGUGAAGGACCCAUGGAAGUCAAUGAGUUACGUAGUGAGGGAUGUCAUUGUGGUUUUGGGAAUGGCUGCUGCUGCAGCUUAUCUCAACAACUGGUUGGUUUGGCCUCUCUAUUGGGCUGCUCAGGGAACCAUGUUCUGGGCCCUCUUUGUUCUUGGUCAUGAUUGUGGUCAUGGAAGCUUUUCCAACAAUCCCAAGCUGAACAGUGUUGUCGGGCACUUGCUGCAUUCAUCAAUCCUAGUACCAUAUCAUGGAUGGAGAAUCAGUCAUAGAACACAUCAUCAAAAUCAUGGCCAUGUUGAAAAUGAUGAAUCUUGGCACCCGUUGCCAGAGAAAAUUUUCAAGAGCUUGGACAAUGUUACACGUAUUUUAAGAUUUACAAUACCUUUUCCAUUGCUUGCAUAUCCUAUCUACCUUUGGAGCAGGAGUCCUGGGAAGACUGGCUCUCACUUUAAUCCAAACAGUGACUUGUUUGUCCCCAGUGAGAAAAAAGAUGUUAUUACUUCAACAAUUUGUUGGACAGCUAUGGCUGCUUUGCUUGCUGGUUUGGGAUUUGUGAUGGGUCCAGUUCAAUUGCUUAAGCUUUAUGGCAUUCCCUACAUCAUUUUUGUUAUGUGGUUGGAUUUGGUGACUUAUUUACAUCACCAUGGGCAUGAAGACAAAUUACCUUGGUAUCGUGGAGAGGAAUGGAACUACCUUAGGGGUGGCCUUACAACUAUUGAUCGUGACUAUGGAUGGAUUAACAACAUCCACCAUGAUAUUGGAACCCAUGUCAUUCAUCACCUUUUUCCUCAAAUACCACACUAUCACUUAAUAGAAGCAACUGAAGCAGCUAAGCCAGUUCUUGGCAAAUAUUACCGGGAGCCAAAGAAGUCUACCCCUCUUCCAUUUUACCUGAUUGGAGAAUUGAUAAGAAGCAUGAAGAAAGACCAUUUUGUCAGUGACACUGGGGAUAUUGUGUAUUAUCAAACAGACCCUACAAUUAGUAGCUCUACAUCACAGUAAAUCUUCCAAUUUUUCCUCUUGAAGACAAGAGAGGCCACAGAAUUAAUUAUGUCGCACAUGACACAACUUCUGAACUUUGAAGGUUGUAUCUGAGCUUGUACUCUCAUUGAGUCUAGUUGAAUUGCUCAUGAGGGAAUGAAUGCAUGACAGAUUUGAUUGUGACGCGUGCAUUUUAAGCAUCAUCAGGGUGUAUAUGAAUUAUGUUCUUAUUGAAGGACAAUGAAUCUGUAAAUUGCUCAUUCUUGAUGAAGGGUGUGCUGUCUUCAUCGAUUUAAUUACAAUUUUUUGCUCAAAUGCAAACACCAAUGUUGAAUGAUAGUAAUUGAUUAAAAUUGUAGCAAAUGAUGUAGUUUUCCCCUGUUAUCACUUC